GGGUAAUGGCCUUGUGACUGCUGGCGCAGCGCUGCAGGGGCCCAGUCGCUGCAGGGGAGCUGUCUGGAGGAAGCUCUCUGGGUUUGUGGGGGGCACUUUUCUGAGUUCCAGUCGCCGCCCGGGGGUGUGGCAGAGCCAGUGUACCCAGGGUGCUCGCUGGCGUGGAGGAGGGCUUGGAGCAAACAAGGCCUCAACAAGGAAGAAAGGGAGUACUUUUAAAAAAAAAAAACCCAGCAGAAUCGGGAACGUCAUGCCCCUGCACAGGAACAAGAGAGACACAGUCAUGGAGAAGCUGCCGGACUGGUCUGUAAAGCGAGAGGGGACUGUGGCGAGAGGGGCACUCGGGUGUCGCCCCGGAUUCAUCGGGGAGCUGUGUCAGUUCCAGGACCCCUGUCACCGAUCGCUCUGCGUGAACGGAGGCACGUGCAAGAGCUGGGUGUCGGAGAUGGCGCCGCAGUACACGUGCGUCUGCCAGCGAGGAUUUCGAGGCCAGCACUGCUCCCUGAUCGACGCCUGUGCCACCAACCCCUGCGCCAACGGUGCCCGCUGCACCAACUGGAACAACCGCUACAACUGCUCCUGCCCGCCGGGCUACCAGGGCAAGAACUGCCGCAGCGACAUCGACGAGUGCCGCAAGCCCGGGGUGUGCCUGAACGGCGGGGUGUGCGUCAACACGCCGGGCUCCUACCGCUGCCAGUGCCCGCCGGGCUUCAGCGGGCGCGCCUGCGAGGUGCCCUCCGUGCCCUGCGCCCCCUCGCAGUGCCUGAACGGCGGCACCUGCCGGCAGACCAGCGACCUGGCCUACGAGUGCGCCUGCCUGCCGGGUACGAGAGCCGCGGGGGGUGGGGGGGAGCUCGUGCAGGAAGUCGAGUACUUCCUUCCCGGAUCCGUGGCGGAAUGCAGGAACGCCGUGCCCGUGCCUGAGCUCCGCGCCGCCCGUGGCUUGCUCACUCCCCAGGAGACUGAUCUCCUUCUCUCCGGUCGCGCUACUGUCCUGCUGCCUCGCUGGCGGUGGGCUGCGGCUGUCAGAACAGCGGGAAUUGAGUUCCCCGCGGGUCUGCGGCAGUACUGCGCGGAGGAUGUGAACGAGUGCCUCAUGCAGCCCAACGCCUGCCACAACGGGGGCACCUGCUUCAACACCAUCGGGGGGCACACCUGCGUCUGCGUCAAUGGCUGGACGGGCGAGGACUGCAGCGAGAACAUCGACGACUGCGCCACCGCCGUCUGCUUCAACGGCGCCACCUGCCACGACCGCGUGGCCUCCUUCUACUGCGAGUGCCCUGUGGGCAAGACAGGUCUGCUGUGCCACCUGGACGACGCCUGCGUCAGUAACCCCUGUAACGAGGGCGCGGUGUGCGACACCAACCCGCUGAACGGCCGCGCCAUCUGCACCUGUCCCCCAGGCUUUUUCGGAGGGGCCUGCGACCAGGAUAUGGAUGAGUGUUCCAUCGUAUCGCAAUAUCCCACUAUUCCACUGUACACCCCCCCAGGGGGACAGCACCCCCGUCUCUGGUCUGUGAUCCCUUUCCCUUUCUCUCAUUUAAUCGUCUGCGUCUCGUUUCUCGCUCCGCGCCCAGGGUUCACGGGGUCGACGUGCCAGAUCGACAUCGACGAGUGCGCCAGCACGCCCUGCCAGAACGGCGCCAAGUGCAUCGACCGGCCGAACGGCUACGAGUGUCGCUGCACCGAAGGCUUCAAGGGCACCCUGUGCGACGUCAACGUGGACGACUGCAGGCCGGACCCCUGCCACCACGGCACCUGCGUGGACGGCAUCGCCAGCUACACCUGCCUGUGCGAGCCGGGCUACGUGGGAUACCGCUGCGAGAACCAGGUCAACGAGUGCCACAGCAGCCCCUGCCAGCACGGGGGCAAGUGCGUGGAUGUGGUGAACGGGUACCUGUGCCACUGCCAGCCUGGCACGUCCGGCCCGAACUGCGAGAUCAAUUACGACGACUGCGCCAGCAACCCCUGCGACUACGGCAUCUGUGUGGACCGGAUCAACCGCUACGACUGCGUCUGCAAGCCGGGGUUCACAGGUCCGCUGUGCAACGUGGAGGUCGACGAGUGCGCCUCGAACCCGUGCCGCAACGGGGGCACGUGCGUGGACGAGGAGAACGGCUUCCGGUGCCUGUGUCCAGAGGGCUUCCACGACCUGCUGUGUUACUCGGAGGUGGACGAGUGCAGCAGCAGCCCCUGUGUCCGCGGGACGUGCCGGGACGACGUCAACGGGUACAGGUGCGACUGCGAGCCGGGCUGGGUGGGCAAGAACUGCGACCUGGACCGGAACGAGUGCCAGUCGAACCCCUGCCAGAACGGCGCCAGCUGCAUCGACCUGGUCAACGGCUUCAGCUGCAGGUGCCGGGACGGGUUUCGAGGUACGCUGUGUCAGACCAACAUCAACGACUGCGCCUCCGGCCCCUGUCUGAACCAGGGCACCUGCGUGGACGGCGUGGGCAUGUUCACCUGCCUGUGCGAGCUGCCCUACACAGGACGCACCUGUGCGGAGGUGCUGACGCCCUGCUCGCCCAACCCGUGCGAGAACAGAGGGGUGUGCAAACACAGCGCCGACUACCGCAGCUUCUCCUGCGCCUGCCAGCCGGGCUGGGAAGGCGAGCGCUGCAACAUCGACGUCAACGAGUGCGCGUCCAGCCCCUGCAGGAACUGGGGCACCUGCUCCGACACCCAGGGAGGGUACCUGUGCUCCUGCCGGCCGGGCUUCACCGGCGCCAACUGCGAGACCGACGUGGACAACUGCGCGCCCAACCCCUGCCUGAACGGCGGCUCUUGCACGGACGGGGUGAACUCCUUCCGCUGCAGCUGCAUGGCGGGCUUCACCGGCCCCCGCUGCCAGGCCGAGGUCAACGAGUGCCAGAGCAGCCCCUGCCGCAACGGGGGCACCUGCACCGACUACGUCAACAGCUACACCUGCAGCUGCAGGCCGGGCUUCACUGGCAUCCACUGCGAGACCAACGUCCCCGACUGCACGGAGAGCUCCUGCUUUAACGGGGGCACCUGCAUCGACCGGAUCAACAGCUACUCCUGCACCUGCCUGCCCGGCUUCACCGGCUCCAACUGCCAGCACGAGCUGAACGAGUGCGACUCGCGGCCCUGCCUGAACGCGGGCACCUGCGUGGACGGCCUGGGGUCCUACCGCUGCAUCUGCCCACGGGGGUACACCGGCGCUCGCUGCCAGGUCGCUGUGGACUUGUGCCGCUCGUCUCCGUGCAAGAACGGGGGCCGCUGCCAGCAGCAGGACUCCAGCCUCAGCUGCGUCUGUCCCGCCGGCUGGUCGGGCCGCUACUGCGACAUCCCGGGGGUGUCCUGCGAGGCCGCGGCCAAGCAGAGAGGCCUGAGCUCGGACCAGCUGUGCCAGAACGAGGGCCACUGUGUGAACGUGGGCAGCACGCACUACUGCAAGUGCCCCAAGGCCUACACCGGCAGCUACUGCGAGAGCCAGGUGGACUUCUGCCUGGACAGGCCCUGCCGCCGCGGCGCCACCUGCACGAGCUACCUGGGCGGCUACACCUGCGAGUGUUUGCCAGGGUACGAGGGGGUGAACUGCGAGUCGGAGAUCGACGAGUGCCAGUCUCGUCCCUGCCAGAACGGCGGCACCUGCAUCGACCUGGUUGGGCACUACAUCUGCUCGUGCCCCCCCGGCACGCUGGGCGUGCUAUGCGAGAUCAACGUGGACGACUGCGCUCCGGCUCCGGACGGCUGGGGGCCGAAGUGCCUGAACAACGGGACCUGCGUGGACAGGGUCGGGGGCUACCGCUGCAGCUGCCCCCCCGGGUACACGGGCGAGCGCUGCGAGGGCGACAUCAACGAGUGCCGCUCCAACCCCUGCGUCUCCGCCAACACCCUGGACUGCAUCCAGCUGCCCAACGACUACCAGUGCGUCUGCAAGCCGGGCUUCACCGGCCGACAGUGCCAGAGGGAGUCGGGCACCUGUGGCUCCCAGCCCUGCCUGAACGGGGCCUUCUGCCGGGACCUGUUCUGCCACAACGGCGGGACGUGCAUGACCACGCCCCAGGGCCCGCGCUGCCACUGCCCGCUGGGCUUCGCCGGGCCCGACUGCCAGCGCCGGGAGCCGGCGGGCUGCGCCGCCAAGCCCUGCCUGCAGGGGGGGUCCUGCAGAGACGUCAGCUCCUUCCCCUUCUUCCAGUGCUCCUGCCCGCCCGGCACGCAGGGCAAGCGCUGCGAGGGCGGGGGGAGGCUGGCGCCGGCGCCCCCCGCCGCCGAGCCCCCCUGCCCGCGGGCUGACUGCGCGGGCAAGGCCGACGACGGCGUGUGCGACGCCGAGUGCAACCUGCACUCCUGCCAGUGGGACGGGGGCGACUGCUCGCUGACGGUGAACCCCUGGGGGCGCUGCCCGCACCCCGAGUGCUGGCGGCUCUUCAACAACAGCCAGUGCGACGAGAGGUGCAACACCGCCGAGUGCCUCUACGACAACUUCGACUGCAAGGCCAGGGACAAGAUCUGCAACCCCAUCUACGAGAAGUACUGCGUCGACCACUACGCGGACGGCCGCUGCGACCAGGGCUGCAACACAGAGGAGUGCGGCUGGGACGGGCUGGACUGCGCGGGCGGCGUGCCCGAGAACCUGGCGGACGGCGUGCUGGUCAUCGUGGUGCUCAUCACCCCCGAGGAGCUCCUGCGCACCAGCACCCGCUUCCUGCAGAACCUCAGCACCAUCCUGCGCACCGCGCUGCGCUUCCGGCUGGACGACGACGGGAACAUCAUGAUCCAGCCCUACUACGGCCAGAGCAGCCGCCGGCAGCGCCGGGAGCUGGGGACGGAGCGCGAGGUCAUAGGCUCCAUCGUGGAACUGGAGAUCGACAACCGGCUGUGCGCCGAGGGAUCGGACAACUGCUUCCCGACGGCAGAGAUCGCGGCCGAUUACCUUGGGGCUUUGCACACUGUGGACAGGCUGCGGUUCCCCUUCCCCAUCAAGCAGGUCCAGAGUAAGAAGGUGCCUCAGAACGAGGUGGAAUGGAGUAAGCUCCUGCCCCUGGUGGGCGUGGCGGGGCUGUUCCUCCUGGUCAUCCUGGUGGUGGGGAUGCUGAUCGCCAGACGCAAGCGGGAGCACAGCACGCUCUGGUUCCCCGAGGGCUUCUUCCUCAAGAAGGAGACGAGCAGCAACAAGAACCGGCGGGAGCCCGUGGGCCAGGACGCGCUGGGCAUGAAACACAUGCCCAAGACGGUGGAGGAGAGCCUCCUGGGUGACCACAGUGACCAGUGGCUGGACCCAGACUGCCCAGAGGCCAAGAGGCUCAAGGUGGAGGAGCCCAACGCCCUGUCGGACAGUGAGGACGCGGUGGACUGCCGCCAGUGGACGCAGCAUCACCUCGCUGCCGCAGACAUCCGCAUGCCCCCCUCCAUGGCCCUGACGCCCCCCCAGGGAGAGUUCGACAGCGACUGCAUGGACGUCAACGUCCGAGGGCCAGACGGCUUCACCCCGCUCAUGCUGGCCUCCUUCUGCGGCGGGGGCCUGGAGACGGCCGUGGCCGAGGAAGAGGAGGGCGAGGAGUCGUCGGCCAACAUCAUCUCCGACCUCAUCUACCAGGGCGCCAGCCUGGCUGCGCAGACCGACCGCACCGGGGAGACGGCGCUGCACCUGGCCGCCCGCUACGCCCGCGCCGACGCCGCCAAGAGGCUGCUGGACGCUGGCGCGGACGCCAACGCGCAGGACAACACGGGCCGCACGCCGCUGCACGCCGCGGUGGCCGCCGACGCGCAGGGCGUCUUCCAGAUCCUGAUCCGGACCCGAGCCACGGACCUGGAUGCCCGGAUGUACGACGGCUCGACGGCCCUGAUCCUGGCGGCGCGGCUGGCGGUGGAGGGGAUGGUGGAGGAGCUGAUCGCCUGCCACGCGGACGUCAACGCCGUGGAUGAGCUGGGCAAGUCCGCUCUGCACUGGGCUGCAGCUGUUAACAAUGUGGAGGCCACCGUGGCGCUGUUGAAGAACGGAGCGAACAAGGACAUGCAGGACCUCAAGGAGGAGACCCCCCUGUUCCUGGCAGCGCGGGAGGGCAGCUGCGAAGCCGCCAAGAUCCUGCUGGAUCACUUCGCCAACCGGGAGAUCACCGACCACAUGGACCGGCUGCCCAGAGACAUCGCGCAGGACAGGAUGCACCACGACAUCGUGCAGCUGCUGGACGAGUACAACACCGUGCGCAGCCCGCAGGGGCACGCCGCGCCCGGGCACCACAUGGCAGGGGGGCACACGCUUUCCCCGCUCAUGUGCCCCCCUGGGACCUUCAUCCCCGGCCUGAAGCAGACCCCGCAGGGCAAGAAGUCGAGGCGGCCCAGCGCCAAGGGAGCCGGGAUGGGCGGCGGCCAACAGCAGCAACACAUCCCGGGCCUGGCCAAGGAUUCGGCCAAGGCCAGGAGCAAGAAGCUGACGCUGGACAUGCAGAGCGCCCUGCUGGAGAGCUCCGUCACCCUGUCGCCCGUCGACUCGCUGGACUCCCCCCGCGGUGGGGCCAGCAACGCCGGCUACGUGACCAACCCCGCCUCCCCCGCCACCAUGCCCUCCCCUGGCAUGUUCCACCCAGCCUCCUCCAUGUCCGUGCCGUCCACCCCUCUGGUGCACAGCCUCAUGGACGGGCCCUUUGCCGUCUCCCUGGCGCAGCUCAGUGACAUCGGGGAGGGCCCCAGCCAGAACGCCCUUCUCUCCAUGAACCCCAUGCAGGGGCGCGUCUCCAUGUCUUCGGUCAACGCCAACCCCGGGCCCCCCAGCUACGUCCUCAACUCCGGCCAGCUGGGCCUCAACCUGGGCAUGGUGAGCCCCGUCAGCAUCCCCUUCGACUGGCACGCCCGCCUCCCCGCCAGCUCCCAGUGCGGCCAGCAGGUCAUCAACCUCGUGCACCCCAUCAGCACGCAGGCGGGCAUGCACGCUCAGAGCCAGCAGGCCAUCCUGCAGCAGCAGCACGGGCUCCUGCUGCAGCACCAGCAGCGCAUGUUCCACGGAUCGCAGGCCCUGGUGCAGCAACAGCAGCAGCAGCACCAACAGCAAGUGUCUUCUCCACAGCAGAGCCUCAGCCCGGUCAAGAUGCAAACAGUGGCCGAGCAGCAGAACCAGCAGCUUACUGCCCAACAGCAGCUGCACAGCCAAGUCCUGGCCACCCAGCAGAGCCUGGCCAGAAUGGGGGGAUCAUCCACUCCCCCCGAGCCCCAGCAGCAGGCUCCCCCUGGUCCUCCCCAGGCCCCCUUCUUCAGCCAGCAGCCGCCUCCCCAGCAACCGCCUCCCCAGCAACCGCCUCCCCAGCAGCCACCUCCCCAGCAACCGCUGCCCCAGCAACAGCCUCUCCAGCAACCGCUGCCCCAGCAACAGCAGCCUCCGGCACCCCAGCCGCAACCGCAGGCCUCCGGUGCUGGCAACCCGGCCCUGGAGGACUACCCUACACCCCCAUCCCAGCACAGCUACACCUCGGCCCUGGACGCCACCCCCAAGCAUUACCUCCACCUCCAGAGCGAGCACCCCUACCUGACCCCCUCCCCAGAGUCCCCCGAGCCCUGGUCCAGCCCGUCCCCCCACUCCGUGUCCGACUGGUCCGAGUCCACCCCGAGCCCGGCCAUCGUGGGUACCACCCAGACCCAGAUCCCCCACAUCCAAGAGCAAGGGGGCAAGAUGCAGGUGUUCGCGUGAAGAGGAACACGGGCGGAUUCUCGCCUCCCCCUGCAGGGAGCGCUCCAUCCCUCUCUCUGCAGGGCCUCGGACUGUCCCUGUUCCCUUCACAUCCAGCCCGUCCGCGGGGCUCCGGGUCCGGAUUCGCUGAUUUUCGGUGCUGGCUGCGGGUCGAGAGAGAGAGAGAGAGAGAGGGAAGAGUGAAGCAAGAGGCGCUCUGUCUGGAGAAGACAGAGAGGGCACCUUUAAUGAAGUACGACUCACUGUGUCGCUGACGGACCCUCGGGACCACGCGGGGAUGGGUGACCAUUACAUGAAGGAGAAAGUCUUGAAUUUCAAAGACUGGGUUACGUUCUCCUGCUAAAGAAGAAGAUGAACUUUCACAAGCCGGAAGAGAACUCUUGAAGGAAGUCUUUCAUUUGCCUUUUUUUUUUAUUUAUUGUCUGUGUUCUGCUGGGCCUGUCCGGCCUGGCCCCCCCUCUCUCCUGCCUGCUCCUGCUCUCGUUGUCUUGAACCCGAGGUCUCGGCUGUGGCGCCCUGUGCUUUUCCCCUCACCUGCGCCGCUGAAGCACGGGUCGACUGGGUGAGCGAAUCCGUACAUUCGGAGAGGGAGAGGUGUCGUGCGGAUUGGAUCUCGACGUCGGACACAGGACACUGUGGGGCGCCCCAUGUCCCCCCUAAUAAUGUUUGGGCUUUAACAGUAAUGGCCCCACACACGAAAGUCACCUAUGGAGACUUUUUUCAAACGGCUGCCUGCUUUCUCCUUUCCUUGUUGCCUGUGGGACAGGCUGGGCGUUCCCCACCCCUGAGCACUUCCUGGAGAACUGAAGAGAAUAAAGCUGAAGUCAGUAAUAUAAUUCCGAUCGUAGGACGUAAAGUGUACAUAUAGAGAUAUAUUUAUAGCGGGGCUUGAGGAGUUUGGAGGGCUGAGGUUCUUAAAGGACGUGUUUUUCAGAAGUACGCACGCAGGCCGAGUCCGGCACUGCCGACUUCCCCCAUCCCGAAAUACCGCCAUCCGUUUAGCCGUCUCGGGGACGUCCCGGGUCCGAGGCUGCACCCACACCCGCCGCCACUCCCCGCGGCCGGACAGGCUCGCUCUCGGAGAGCUCCGACCUCCGACCUGGCCCCCUUCCAAAGGGGGACGAGCCUCCAAAACAAAAACAAAAAAACUCCCCAAGAAAACCGGUAGCUUCAGCCGCCCCGCUGGUCACUGCCCUUGUCGUUGAGCUGCGCCCUUCCUGACUUGCAUGCUGCUGUACGAGUGCGGGUUCCUGGGAUCUCCGUGGAUUCCUGCUGCUUCCGUGGGGACCAAUAGCUGAAGAAGCUCGUUUCCACAGCUGCUACAUUCCUGCCCCGCCGCAGGGCUCGCGCUCAGUCCCGGCUCCGGCCUCUUCGCUCGCACAGCUCCACGCCUGGGAAAUCCCGGCUCAGCCUUGAGCGCUUCCACAACUUUGACAGAAGGGGGGGGGUGUUUCCUGCAGUCCCGGACUGCUGGGGCGUAGAACUGAGCUGGUUAAUCAGGGCUGCUGGCUCUCGGUAAGAGAGUACGGCCACUGCCUGGACGAGAACUGCGUCCCUCGUUCUCCCCCCACACCAGUGAUGGGACACACGCGGGUCAGAGGGCCGGUGUGACAGGAGGCAGGGAGGCGCGAGGGGGGCUGUGUGUAGGCUGCUACGGCCAUGUCACUCUGUACAGAGGCGGUUUAUGGAAUGGUGUAUGGCGCUCGCGCUGUAUCGGUAGUAGCUCUACAUAUGCAAGUGCAGGGCUGGCUCAGAGGUGUCUGAGUCUGGGCGGAGCAGAUGCUGCCAUGCAGUACUGCCACCCCCCCCCCCCUCUCCUUUGGCAUUUUUAAUGAACCGUCCUGCCCAGCCAAUCACAAGGUACCGUGGGAGGGCGGAGCACCGCCCCCUGGGAAGGCUAUGAGCAGUGCAUGUGUUUCUCCUCCUGAGCUCUCCUGUCCUUCAUGGGACCUGUUGGUUGUGGGGUUGAUUCGAAACAUGGAAAGGCUUUGUUCCGGGUUUCGGGGAAAUGUCUCGGGACAUUAUUGGACCUGGAGACUAAAUUGAAAUAGUUUUUCUGUAUAGAUCUGUAUUCAGUAGGACCUUUUUGUGUGUGUGUGUUUUUUUUUGUAAGAAGAAGAAAAAGAAAGAAGACAAACAUUCCUUUAUAGCUGCCAUGCCAGGUGUCUGCUCUCUCUGCCGUCUCGGACGAGAGUGGACCUCGCUGCUCCAGACUGCUGUCCAGAUGUGCGCGGCCUCCUUUCCUUCCCUGAAGUGUUUGUGCUGGUGAUCGUGCCUCUCAGGAUGAGAAGCACUUCUCUGGUUCACAUGUUUAAAAGUAGCUGAUUGUGUGUGUAUAUAUAAUAUGCACCUACACAUGUAUAUUCUACAUAUAUAUAUUAUAUAUAUAUAAAUGGUAUGGAGAACACCAGCAAGGUCUUAACUGAAAGCAAGCUGCUUGGCCCAAAAUUAAAACUUGUUUGGUUCUAUUUUACUACAGUCCCGUAACUAGCGACCCUUCCCUCUCCCCCACCCUACACCCCCAGGGGCAGCUUUGAAAUGUGAAGACCAAGCAAGCGUCACACACACACACACAGACAUGCCCCGAGAGCUGCACUGGAAACCGGGACCCCAGGUGCUGCAGAAUGAAAUCAGAAAUAGAUAUUAACCAAGCAUCUCACUGCCAUUGAGUUGAUCGCCACUGCUGAGCCAGCAGGUCCCACAGCUGCCUGUUUUAUAAAACCUCUGGAUCAGAUCUUUCAGCCUCCAGACUUUCGAACAUCUGUUGUUUGAGGGCUUUUGCACUCACGUUGCUUCUGUAGCUGAAGGCAAAUCGAGAGUUCGUGUUCACAGAGAGGCUCUGCAGUGAUUUUCCAAUACAUCCACACUUCCUAAAAUGGACAUUUUACGAACUACUGUGUUGAUCAGGCACAGCACGCUAAGGGCUGAGGCUGUCCAUUUUGGUUUUGGUCGGAAUGCACUUUUCCCACUUCCUGGAGUUUUUGAAAUGAGAUUUUUAACCGGAGCCCAGCUGUAGAGAGCCCCAGCGGCAGGCUUUGGUGGCUCUUGAAAGAGCACGUUUUCCCGUCGUCCCUGCCUGCGCUCCGUGAAUGUGCCGGGAUCUCGGGAAAACCAAUCCCGCUCGAUGUCGGGGACCCUGUUCCCCGUGGUCCCGGCUCAGUUUUCCCUCUUUCUUUCCGAGUGCACACACGCGUGCGAAUAAAAAAGAAAGCUACUUGUACAUUUCAGACAUUUUCCUUCUAUUUGUAAAUAUGUCCAUCUGAAGUUGUUCUGAUUGCUUCAGAAAAUUUUAUGUUUUAAAAAGUAUGUACUAAAAAGUAAAAAAAGAAAAUGUAUUUCUUAUUAGCAUUAUCAGGGAACUGAAGAAGCGGCCAGUUUCCUUGGUCUUGUAUUAUUAGAGCAGUUAUAGUUUAUUUUUGUUAUUAAUUCCUAUACUUGUUUAAAAGUAGAUUAAAAACUUUGUACAGAAACACUUUUUCACAAUGUUUGUAUUCAACAGAUGACUUGUAAAAUAAGUUACUUCUAAUAAAAAAAUGUAGGUAACUACGAA